UCCAACUUUUAUUCUUCCAUGUUCAAUCCUUUCUUCUUUUCUCUCUCCAGUUGUUAAUCCGCUCCUCCUCCUCCUCCUCCGCCUCCUCCUCCUCCUCCUCCUCCUAUUCACUUUCCACUCCCUACUCCUUCUCCUACCCCCCCUACUCCCCCUACUCCCCCUCCCACACCAUCAACAACACCGACACCUCCUCCUCCGCCUCACCCGAAUUCUACUUCCAAUUCGAUCACCACUACGCCCACUCCCCGCCUCCAGAGCCCCUUGACUCCCUAGCAUCCCUAGACUUCCCAGUACCCGCAAGGGCCGCCUGGGAUCUCCGCCGCCGUGCCCGUAUAAACAGCCUGGGAAUGCGAAUCACGGAUGUUGACAAGAUCAAACAGCACCACCACAUGCGCAACUCGCCCCCGUUCCAGCCUGGUGAGCAGCGCGCUGCCCAGAAUGCGCUGCCCUCGUUCCAGCAGCUCCUGCAAAACGUCCGCGAACCCUCGCCGCCACGAACGCCUUCACGGAGGAACGGUUCAUCGAUGGAGAGCUCGCCCGUGGCUUCCGUACCCCAAUUCGAAGAAGUAGCUUGGUCCGAUGUCAAGCGCAGGCGACCCGACUCGGUGCUCGAUAUCCACCACCACCACCGAUCGUCGAAUGCGUCGGAAUACCAGCCCUCGUACGACUCUCGCCGUGCCAGCACCAUUGACCCUGCGCUCUCUUCGGGGUUCAGCUCACCACGAGGCCAUCAUUCAUCCCGUUCAUCGUCAUCGGUGCAUCCAACGGCCCCAAGCCACCACCACCGCCCGAGUCUCCCGUACCCGCCCCCGCCCAUGAAUCCCGCGGCACACGCACGUCACCAGUCUUCACCUGUUCCUCACGGACACAUGGGACCCUCUCCGUAUGGCACGGUGGUGGCCGGCUACCACCAGACAGCGCAUGCUACCCCAUAUGAUCACCGGCCUAGCUACUAUGUAGAGCCUCAGCAACCUUCACACGGCCACCCGUACGAUAGGCCCCCUAUGCCAGAUACAUACUACGGGCGUCCGCUAUAUGCAGGACCACCUCACGCUCCUUUUGAUCCAUACGCGCAGAACCCGAAUCAAUACAACUUCACUUUCCAGUCUACCCUGGGUGUCGACCCCAAUGCCUACAACCGAAAGCGCCGAGGAAAUCUUCCCAAGGAGGCGACGGGAAUUCUCAAGGCGUGGUUCGCCGCCCACCGCGAAUCUCCCUACCCUACGGAAGACGAAAAGAUGCAAUUGUGCCAGCAGACGCAGCUCACGCUGAACCAAGUGUCGAAUUGGUUCAUCAAUGCCCGGAGACGGGCUCCACAGAAGGAGCAGCGUGACGCCCAGGAGAACACCAAUGAGGACUAGCCGUCCCGAGGCUCGGUUCUCAGGACGGCAUGCCCUUUUCUCUUGCUUACUUCGAUUCGACGACGGCUGCUCCCUUGGCGAAAAGCCCAGGCCUUUUUUGCGACUGGCAUCUUGUA